AUGGCAGGACGGCCAAAACGUCGACGUCUAAAUCCCGAUGGAUUUCUGACCCAACAUACAGAGCUCAUGAAAGUUGAUAAAGCCUCUUGGAAAGGCUUUUGUGAAAUUGAAUCAGAGCCUGCACUCUUUAAUGUUAUGCUCGAAGAAUUCGGCGUCAAUGGUGUUAAGGUGCAGGAAGUUGUGUCCCUUGAUGAUGAAAUGUUACAAUCCUUAAACAAACCUAUGUAUGGACUCAUAUUUCUAUUUCAAUGGCGAGAAGACGAUCCAAUAAAACAGGAACAAAGCUGCCCCAAUACACUUUGGUUUGCAAAUCAGACGGUGAAUUAUGCUUGUGCUAGUGUUGCACUUCUCAACAUUGUUAACAAUGUGACUGAGGUUGACCUUGGAGAACAUCUCCGUGCAUUCAAGGAUUUUACUAUGGGUUUUACACCGGCAUUACGAGGCGACGCAAUCAGUAAUUUUGAAUUUAUCAAAGAAACUCAUAAUUCAUUUGCGAGAGGUAUGGAUAUACUCAGCAUCGACCUUCAAUUAAAAAACGAUACAACAUCCAAAAAGUCUAGGAUUGGAAAACGAAACCAAAUAUAUGACGAAUCGGCUGCAGGGUUCCAUUUUAUUGCGUUUGUUCCAGUAAAUGGCAAAUAUGUCGGUGGUGACUGGCUAGAUCUUGCAAAACCUGAGAUUCAAUCGAGAAUGGCUGAGUAUGAAGAGGAUCAAAUCGAGUUUUCCAUUCUAAGUCUGGCUCGAGACCCCAUAUUCGGCCUGGUCCACCAAUUAGCUGUGAACGUGAAGAGCUUGGCUGCAGUUGAGGACCAACUACGCGACCGCCAUUCCAUUCACAACAUUGAGCCUUGUGAUGGUGCCACUGUGACGGGCCCGGAUUCUUCAUUCAAUCUAACGGCACACAUUUUAGAUGGGGCGAGAGUAAGUGAAGAUGACAUCGACAGUUAUAAGUCUGCGUCAAAGGAUAUCCUAUUGGAUUUUCGGAAGGUGCUUCUUGAUGUGCAAAGGGAAAUACGAUUAUCAAUUAAGGAAGAGCAGCAAACCCGUGAUGCAGAUCAGGGGUAUGCAAGAAAAAGAAGACAUGACUAUGGGCCCGCAGUUUAUAAAUGGGUUCAAAUUUUAGCUUCAAAAGGUUUAGUUGAGUGCCUAGCAGAAGAAAUGUGA